AUGAUCCAUGAAGCAAGGUUUAUGCAGCAAUUUCAUGAGGGCACAGCUCCCAUGAUGCAUGUUUAUGCUAUGUGUGCACUUGCUGCUAGGUUUUCCAACAACCCCGUCUUUCAUGGCAUCACCCGUGGCUCGCGGGGGAAAAUUUACAUCUCCGAAGCUGUGAAUCUCGCUCAACAGUCUAUCAUUACCCCAAGCCUAGAAUCAGUGCAAGGCCUGGUCUUGAUUGGCUACUUCUACGGCGGAGAAGGUGACACGAAAGCAAAGCAUGUGUAUAUUGGUAUCGCUAGGUUACAUGCAGAAACCUUGUCGCUCUGGGCUGUGCCCCAGGAUCGCAGUCCCCUAUGUCAAGAGGAAUAUCGUCGCACAUUGCUUUCCGUGAAUAUCGGCAGUGCUUGGUCAGCAACAGAUAUAUCAAUCGAACCUAUAACAUUAAAUCGCGGCCCAAACGUCAAAAUUCUCGAAUUUGACGAUGCGGCUUUCCAAAGUCUCGACCCAGAGCUGGUACAAGGAACAUCACUUUUCCCUCCACCCACAUACAAUAUGUGGGCUUGUAUGGCAAAGACACUCGACAUAUUUAACAAGACUAGUUUACUCCUGCAACGGAUGAGCCAAGGGUUGGUUGGUUUCGAUAAUUAUUGCCAGGAGGCGGCUGUAUUGGAAGUCCGCCUUGAUCAAUGGGAGGAAAAUCUACCCUCAAAUCUAACCUAUACCGCGGAAAACAUUAUGUGCUCUGUGAAGCACCGGCUUGGUCGGACGUUCCUGGCAAUGCAUAUUGGCUACCACCACUUUCGCCAAAUGCUAUUUUUCCCCUUUCUCGACGCACACAGGGAUAAAAAUACUACAAAGCUUGCAGAAAGGUCCACUCAAUGCAAACGAAGUGCAAAUAUCAUAUCAGAAAUUUUACGGCAUAGCACAGACAUCGAAGAUUGCGAUUUGAAUUGUUUCCUAUAUGGGCAUAUCGCUGUGAUCAGCUCAUGCGUUCACCUUCAUACUCUGCUCUUCGGUGAUAAUGCCGAGUCGCUUUCCAUCGCACGACAAUGGCUACUCCUGAACUUCAAAUAUUUAAUGGAUAUCAAAUCAUAUUGGCCCGUGGUUGAUCACUCUGUGGCACGCCUUCGCGAGUUCCAGAAUUGCUGCCGGGAUUCCAUAUCAGACCCAUUUGCCCUGGAUAACUGGAUGGCCCGUUUUCUGACCGAGCACUCUUCCUAUCUCUCCAGGCGCCAAACAGCCACGUUUCAGCCCUCUGGGUUGGGUCCAGGGAGUACCACAGCGCGCAGUUUGUAUGCAGAAUCUCACUUGUCUGACGUAGAGACUGGUUCUGAGGCAAAUGAUCUAUCCGAUUUGCUAUAUGAUCAACGAGUAACGAGCGAGGGUCUUGUCAAUAAUGCGAUUGACUGGUUGCUUGAAUGA